UUUUAAUUUUUAAACACAUUGUAAUACGCACGUGUGUUGUGAAGAAAAUAGUGUUAUAAAAUUAGAAAAUUAUCUGGGCAUUUCCAUUUUCAAACUCGAAACUAAACUCUGAUUUUUUUGGGUAUUGAUAAUAUGAUAUAAGACUACAUAAAGCAUGCCUGAUAUGAAAUAUAUUUUAGUUACUGGAGGUGUUAUUAGUGGCGUGGGAAAAGGUGUCAUAGCCAGUUCUUUUGGCACAAUUUUAAAGAGUUGUGGUAUAAAUGUAACAUCAAUAAAGAUCGACCCAUAUAUCAACAUUGACGCUGGUACAUUUUCCCCGUAUGAACAUGGCGAAGUUUACGUUCUUGAUGACGGUGGUGAAGUUGACCUUGAUCUUGGGAAUUAUGAACGAUUCUUGGAUAUAACAUUACAUCGCGACAAUAAUAUAACAACAGGUAAAAUUUACCAGCAAGUAAUUGAACGUGAACGUCGAGGUGACUAUCUCGGGAAAACUGUGCAAGUCAUCCCUCACAUCACUGAUGCUGUACAGAAAUGGGUUGAAGAAGUAGCUCGAAUACCAGUUACACCAGAUAACACUCCACCAAGAGUAUGUAUAGUGGAAUUGGGUGGAACUGUCGGAGAUAUAGAAGGAAUGUCCUUUGUGGAGGCCUUCAGGCAGUUCCAGUUCAGAGUGAAGAGAGAAAACUUUUGCUGUGCUCAUGUAUCCCUAGUACCAAUGCCGAAAGCAACAGGGGAACCAAAAACAAAACCUACCCAGUCAUCAGUAAGAGAAUUACGUGGCCUGGGCUUAUCACCAGACUUAAUUCUCUGUCGUUCAGAGAAGCCAAUAAAUCACAAUAUUAAAGAGAAGAUUUCUAACUUCUGUCAUGUCGCACCAGAACAGGUUAUAUGUGUCCAUGACUUGACCUCUGUUUAUCAUGUUCCAUUAUUAAUGGAGGCUCAAGGUGUUGUACAAUAUUUGAAUGAGAGACUUCAAUUGAAUAUAUCUAUGCCUCGUCCAGGAAGUUUUAUGAAAAAAUGGCGCAACCUUGCAAAACGCGUUGAAAAUCUUAGAAGAGAAGUAAAUAUUUCUCUUGUCGGAAAAUACACCAAGUUAGAAGACAGUUAUGCUAGUGUCACUAAAGCAUUACAACAUGCGUGCAUUGCCGCUGGUUGUAAGCUUAAUUUGACUUACAUUGAAGCAGUUAAUUUGGAGAAACAGAGUAAAGUUACAGACCCAGUAGGUUACCAUAAAGCUUGGCAGGAUCUUUGUAAGAGUGAUGGUGUCAUAGUGCCUGGUGGUUUUGGACAAAGGGGUAUGGAAGGAAAAAUAGAAGCCUGCAAUUGGUGUCGGGAAACACAAAAGCCAAUGCUUGGUAUUUGUUUAGGAUUACAAGCAGCUGUUAUAGAAUUUGCUAGAAAUGUAUUAGGUUUGACUGGAGCAAACAGUACUGAAGUUGACCCAAAUUGUGAGGAUAAACUGGUCAUUGAUAUGCCUGAACACCAUCCUGGAAAUCUUGGCGGUACAAUGAGGUUGGGUAAAAGGAAAACUUACCUUCAACCUAGUGUAGUAGCAUCAUUAUACAAAAAGGAAAUGAUAGAAGAACGUCAUAGGCACCGUUAUGAAGUUAACCCAGAAUAUAUUGAAAGACUUGAAGCAGCUGGCUUAAGAUUUAUUGGAAAAGACGAAACAAAUACUCGUAUGGAGGUGGCAAUUGUGGAAAGCCAUCCCUACUAUGUAACUGUACAAUUUCACCCUGAGUACCUUUCCAGGCCCCUGUCACCUAGUCCACCAUUCUUAGGGCUUAUAUUGGCUGCUACUGGAAAAUUGAAGCAAUAUUUGUCAAAGGGAUGCAGAUUCAGCCCUAGAAGCCAAUCUGAUGUGAGCUCAGAUGAAGGAGAUCUUGAUGAAGAUGUGUCACUAGCUUCCCUUAAUAUCACUAGUAAAAAUGGUGAUGUUGCUCCUGAAACAAAUGGAAUACAUUAAAUUUGUCUUUUUAGCCUAUAAGUGAAUUACGUAUAUUUUAAGAGUAAAAAUUUAUUUGUUAAAUUUUGUUUUUAUCUGUUUUAUAAUUAUUUUUAUUUUAUUGUAUGUAUUAUUUGCAACUCUUAACAAUUUCUUAAUUAAGUAAAACAGUUUUUUUUAAUCUAUAAACUAUAACUAGUGUAACUGUUAUUUUAUGUGAUAAAAAAGGUACUAACGGCCUUAUUCAUAAAAAUAGAAGGAUACCUACCUAUAGAAGGAUUCAACCACAUUUUAAUUCCAGUAAAGCUUAUAUAUUCGCUAUAGUUUAUUAUGUAUCAAAUUGUUUAAAUAAUUAUUUUUUACAUUCACACUAUAGCAAGCCUUUAAAUAUUCUAAAACUUUUUAUGAAUAAGACUGUAUUUGUUUAUAUACUUACCUAUGUAGUAUGUAUAUUGUAUAAAAUGUAUGUGAACAAAAGUUGGGUUAGUUAUUUUUUUAUAAUCUUUUAUUAGUAGGAUUUUCUCCAAUACACAAAAUAGCUACCUACCUAUUCUACGAAUCAGUACAAUAUUUAAAAAUAAUCGUAAGGUGUGAAGCUUGCCUAGUGAGAAAAUUAUAAAAAUACUUUAUAAAGUUUUAUUCAUUGCCUAAAAAGUAAGAGAUUGUAAUUUUUUUCAAUUUACUUUAAGCCUAUUGUCAUUAUCCGUGAAAUGUGAUAAUAUAUAUAUAUUUAUUCUUUAUACACUCAAAAUUUUGGAUUUCACAGUACAAUUAAAACAUACUUAUAUAAAAAUUAUAUAAACUCAAGUCAGCUUAAUCGCCUUUUGUCUAUUUAAUGGUUCGAAGAAAUUAAAUAAAAUUUAAAUAUUAGAUAAUAAUAUAAUUUUACUUAUUCACUAGAAUUCAUAUAACUAAUUGAAUCUCUGUUGUAAUAAGCAUAAUAAGCAAUUUGUUUAUUCCCUUCACAAAAAUUCAUAUUACUAAACAACCAUACUUUUACUUACUCUUAUGUAUAUUUUUUUAUGUAUGUAACUACAUACCUACUGUAUCAUUAACCAUAUGAAUUUGUUUUAUGUAUAAUAAUUAUUAUGGUUGGUUGUUAAUACUGUCUUUGUGAUUGUAUGGCUAUUUUGAAUAAAAAAAAUAUUUUAUGUCUGUUGUAAAUUGUAAUAAAAAAACUUUUAACAGUAAGAUAUAUAAUAUAUUGAUAUUAUAUAAAAUAUAGUAUUUCAUGUACCUAUUUGCCAGUAAUUAUAGUAAACGCCAUUGCAUACUAUGUAACCAUUCCAGUUUAUUGUAUGUCAAAUUAAUUUUAAAUAAAAAAAAAGAUUAAACGUUUU